UGCUCUGUUGCCUGGCUCUGUCUAGUGGCCCUACGCGUCGCUCUCACCGGUGUCGUCGGGUCUAAUCCGUCUCUUUUCGAAUGCAGGUGGAGCUGCAGCCACGAUGCAGAUUUUUGUGAAGACCCUUACGGGGAAGACCAUCACGCUCGAGGUUGAACCCUCGGACACUAUAGAAAAUGUAAAGGCCAAGAUCCAGGAUAAGGAAGGAAUUCCUCCUGAUCAGCAGAGGUUGAUCUUUGCUGGUAAGCAGCUGGAAGAUGGCCGUACUUUGUCUGACUACAACAUUCAAAAGGAGUCUACCCUUCAUCUUGUGUUGAGACUUCGUGGUGGUGCUAAGAAAAGGAAGAAGAAGUCUUACACCACUCCCAAGAAGAAUAAGCAUAAGAGGAAGAAGGUUAAGUUGGCUGUGCUGAAAUAUUAUAAGGUGGAUGAAAAUGGCAAAAUCAGCCGACUUCGUCGUGAGUGUCCUUCUGAUGAAUGUGGUGCUGGAGUUUUCAUGGGUAGCCACUUUGACAGGCAUUACUGUGGCAAGUGUUGUCUGACUUACUGCUUCAACAAACCAGAAGACAAGUAGUUGUAUAUGAGUUAAUAAAAAGAAGGAACUGA